CACCAGUGAAUUUCAUGAGGCCCAAAACGCCUGGAAUUCUUUUGGAAAAAUUUAAAUAGUUUUGGUUCUGUACAAGUUAUAAUGUUUAUUCCUGUGCUCCAGGACUCCAAAGACAUGAACAAACUGUUUUCCAGAGGAAAUUUGCUUAGCUUUUAUUUAUUUGUGUGUGAUUUCAAAAAAUAUUUGAGUGAUUCAAUUUCCGAUUUAUUUUUUCAUUUGUCUUUGUGGUCCCAUAACUUAUUUUACAUUCAGGUGACAUCAAUGCAACACAAAUAUGCUGAAAGUUCAAUUUGUCCUGAAAAAAAAGAGGUGUGUCAAUUGUCUGUGCACAAAAGGGUUGAUGUUUUACAAGCUUUUUUAGUGAAUAACACCAGACGGAAAAUUUAUUGUAAAAAUACCCUUAGGUCUCUGAGGGUUAAUGGUGAGGCAAUACCAACAGUUUCUGAGAAGCCAGUGAAGAGUCUUGGGAGAUGGUACGAUGGGGAUCUAAAGGACACAGUUCGAGUGGGAGAAGUUAGACGACAAGCAGUGGAAGGGUUGAAGAGCAUAAACAGCUGUGCUCUACCAGACAAACUAAAACUCUGGUGCUUUCAGUUUGGUCUAAUGCUGAGGUUGCUGUGGCCACUGACUGUGUAUGAGGUUUCUUUGACAACAGUGGAUAAGUUGGAAGCGUUAAUAAGUUCAUACAUCAGGAAAUGGUUGGGAGUUCCACGCUGCCUCAGCAGAGUGGGACUUUAUAGUAAAGGAAUAUUGCAGCUGCCAGUCUCUGCUUUAACCGAGGAGUUUAAGUGCGCCAAGGUCAGACUGGAAAUGACCUUAGUAGAGUCACACGACAAAUGUGUAAGGGAGGCAGCACCUGUGUUAAAAACUGGUAGAAAGUGGUCAGCAAAGAAAUCUGUGGUAGAGGCAAAGGCUGCCCUUCAAGUUGGUGAUAUUGUGGGACAGGUACAGCAUGGAAGAGGGGCUUUUGGGCUCAGUUUAGCUCCUCCUAAAUGGCACAAGGCAGGCCCAGCUCAAAGGAGGAAGCUGGUAUUCAACGAGGUGUGAAAGCAGGAGGAGAGGAUGAGGUGUAUAAAGGCCAUUUCCCAGGCCAAGCAGGGAGAGUGGAUGAGAUGGGAGAGUGUGGAACAACGCAAGAUGGGCUGGCAAGACCUUUGGUCAAUGGAAGAGAGUAGGAUCAGUUUCCUUAUCAGAACCUAAACCUCUGGGUAGGAGAGGAUCCCUCUUGUCCUUUGUGUUCAUCACCUGCCACAUCAAGGCACAUUUUGACAGGAUGUAAGGUGGCUCUUAGCCAAGGUCGGUUUACUUGGCGCCAUGACCAAGUACUGCAAUGUUUGGCUUUAGCAUUGGAAGGCAAGCGUAACAUGACCAAUAAGUUGCCACCUGUUCUAGCAAAACAUUACACACAGAAGACAAUAUUCCUCCGCCCAGGCGAGCAACCAUCAAGAAAAGGUGUUAAAACCAUUUCUCGCCCAGGACAACUGGAAGCUGCUAGGGACUGGAAAAUGCUGGCUGAUCUUGAUCAACGGCUUAUUUUUCCACCUGAGAUUGCCACCACUAACCUCCGACCAGAUAUUGUUUUGUGGUCUGGAUCAGCACGCAUUGUUCAACUGAUAGAGUUAACAGUGCCAUGGGAGGAUGCUGUAGAUGAGGCAUAUGAGAGGAAGAAACUGCGGUAUGCUCACCUGGCCACUGAAGCAGAACAGCGAGGAUGGAAAGUCCAGGUUUAUCCAGUGGAAGUGGGUU